GGGCGAGACCAGAGUUUUGAUUGGGUGUUGUUGAGUGCACAGGUAGCCAUCUGUUUUGGGAUCGAGGCUCUAUAGAGAUUUUGUACUCGAAACCUUAUUCGGUAAGAACUAUUUUAGGGGAUUUUGUCGACGCUAAAACGCACGGAGAAGUAACUUCUUUUCUGAAGGCUACUGCUCGAGUUUCCGUCACAACAGAAGCAGAAGAGGUAUUAGAAAGACGGACGUAACGGUAUAGAUAAAAAAGAUUUGUCCUGACUUCAGAGAACGUUGUUGGCUCUGCUGCAGUAGUUGCUGAAACGGAACUUGUGCCGCGAAACCUCACAAAAUGUCGCCGAAAUUACAUCUUCAUGCUAUUAUUUUUUGGUGCGUAACAGGUAUUUUGGCUUCGUACGCGCAAGAAUGUGGCCGACCACACAUAGUGGAGAGCAGGAUUGUGGGCGGGACGGACGCUACAGAGGGCGAGUGGCCGUGGCAGGUUGAUAUACAGACAGAGAAGAGUGGUCAUAUCUGUGGAGGCUCCAUCAUCACAGAGAGCUGGGUCCUAUCGGCCGCUCAUUGUUUCCCCGAUCCAUCCGAUGUGAGAUCUUACAUCAUCUACGUUGGCCGGUACCAGCUUAAUGCCUACAACAAGUACAUGUCAACGUAUCGUGUGAGCCAGGUGGUGAUCCCAUCCGGUUACAAUGAGCCUCACAAUGGGAAGGAUUUGGCGUUGGUAAAGCUGUCCAGUUCAGUAACCUGGUCACAAUAUGUCCUUCCCAUCUGCUUGCCUGCCUCUGGCACCCUGUUUCCAAGUGGCAUGCAGUGCCAUGUCACAGGCUGGGGGAACAUCCGGGAUGAUGUGCCUCUGCCAGGGGUCGGGACUCUGCAGAAAGUGCAGGUGCCAAUCAUUUCCCAGAGUUCAUGUCAGGAGAUGUACCAGACAAACCCAACAGAGCAGGUGGACAUCCUGUAUGACAUGAUCUGUGCUGGAUACCAGAAGGGCGGCAUGGACUCCUGCCAGGGUGAUUCAGGAGGGCCUCUUGUCUGCCAGAUGGAAAAUGGGACCUGGGUGCAGGCUGGCGUGGUGAGUUUUGGACUUGGCUGUGCUCACCAAAACCAGCCAGGUGUGUAUGCCAGACUGACCACCUUCUCAAGCUUCAUUGAAAACACGGUACCAGAGAUCAAGCUGUAUGGCCGAGCAAAUUGGAACUGGUGUGGGAGGGCUGCCAUGUUGGUCAGUUGUCUGUCCUCUCUACUGAUCCUGCUUCAGAGGUAGAACACUUCUGACAACUGGGUUUGGGAGAUGAAACGCAAAUGGAGAUUUAUGUCUGACUUCCAUCCAAAGUUAUCCUGAAUAGUACAACUGGUGAUGUGCACAUGAAGCCAUAUUGAACAAGAAAUGUGAUGUAAUCUUACUUUUUUUUUUUUAACUAUAACUGUGCAUUAUGAUGUCAGAGUAAAAUAAGUUUUGAUAGGUUUGUAUUUUAAUCACAAUUAUGAACUAAAUAAUAUGUUCUGUAUUUUAAAUAAAUUUAUUUGAUUCUUAAAAUCAGGUCAGUGCUCUGUUCA